AUGGCAGAAGAAGCAUGUGAUGCGAAGUUUGUAAGCAAGCUUGACGAAGCGAGUAAACAGAAAUGUCGAGACGAGUUGAACGAGCGCAACCCCGCCGACACGUUGAUUGCUGUCCAGACACUGCGACAACGGGUUAAAGAACAAGACUGGCUGAGAAUCCCGACAGAUUUCGAAUUCCUGUUGCGUUUUCGAAGAUUUCGAAAGUUCAGUCAGCUAGAGCAAAGAAAGGCCUUGGAGAAAUUCUGGACUGUUCGAACCUCGAGACCCGAAUGGUACAGCAACAUCGACCUGGACGAUCCAAUUCUACAGAGAGCCAUGAGGUUAGGAGUCACAACUAUGUCGCCUGUUCGAGACAGACUAGGGCGAUGUCUUAUGAUUUGGCAGUUUGAAGAUAUGGACAUAAAGGUUAUGAAAGACCUCGGAAUGGACGUGCUAUUCAAGUGGUCAUGUGUCUUUUACGAUUGGAUGACGAGGGACGAGAAUGUUCAAACGAACGGCGUGGUAUUCAUCGCCGAUUACACCGGCAUUACGAUGCAGUUAUUUAAUUUCAUGGCGGACAGCGCCAAUGAGAUCCGGGGUCAGGUAGUUAAACCAGAAUUCCGCAAGUAUAUUCGCGAGCUGUCCAGUGGCAAAUAUGGCGUGGACAAGAAUCGUAUACCAGCUAAAUCAGAAGCAUAG